AUGUCCAACCAAACCACCAAGACCGAGUUCCUGCUCCAGGGGUUCUCUGAAGUCCGGGAGCUGCAGGUUUUGCACUUUGUGCUGUUCCUGGUGCUUUACCUAGCAGCCCUGGUGGGGAACCUUCUCAUCAUCUCAGCUGUCGUCCUUGACCGUUGUCUUCACACCCCCAUGUACUUCUUCCUGAUGAAUCUGUCUGUCCUGGACCUCGGCUCCAUCUCCGCCACCGUCCCCAAGUCCAUGGCCAACUCCCUCCUGGACAGCAGGGUGAUUUCCUAUGCUGGAUGUGUCACCCAACUCUUUCUCUUUUUAGUCUUCACUUCAACUGAUCUUGCCUUACUCACCGUCAUGGCCUACGACCGAUACGUUGCCAUCUGCCAGCCCCUGCAUUAUGAGAGAGCGAUGAACCGGAGAGCUUGUGUCCAAAUGGCAGCUAGUUCCUGGCUUGUGGGUAUUGUCUACUCUGCCCUUCACACAGGGAACACCUUCCGGUUACCCUUCUGCCAGUCCAACGUCAUCAACCAGUUCUUCUGUGAUAUUCCCCAGCUCCUCAAGCUGGCCUGCUCCGACUCUUACCGCAGUGAAAUUGGGGUUAUUGCCUUCGGUGUGUUUCUAGGUUUAAACUGCUUUGCUUUUAUCCUUGUGUCGUACGUUCAGAUCUUCAGAGCGGUGCUGAGAAUCCCCUCGGAGCAGGGCCGGCACAAAGCCUUCUCCACCUGCCUCCCCCACCUUGCUGUGGUCUCCUUGUUACUUUGCACUGGUUUGUUUGACUACCUGAAACCCAUCUCCAGCUCAGCAUCUAAUCUCGACCUCUUGGAGGGUGUUCUCUACGCCGUGGUGCCGCCCAUGCUGAAUCCGGUCAUCUACAGCCUGAGGAACAAGGAGCUCAAAGCUUCACUGAAGAAGUUAAUGGGAUACAUUUUAACCUCCAAGAACUGA